AUGGAGGAAGACUAUGACAACAUAACACAAAGAAAUAAAACCAGAUUAUACAAUCAAAUGAGUGAUGAAUCCUUCCUCGAUAACACAUAUCAAAGCCUGCCCUGUAUUGGUACAUUAGAUUCUACGGAAGUUGAACAUUUAAAAUCUACUAUAGAAAAAUUGACUCAGGAGUUAAUAACGGCAAACAAUGAGAUUGAUAACUUAAAUCUUGAAAAUAAUUCGUUAAAAAAAAAGUUGCAGAACUAUGAAAAUAAAUUACAAUUCUACAAAACUAUUGGGAUAGAAGGCCUUAGAAGAAAUUCAACUGGUUUAGCAAAAAGAUUUUACUCACCACAAUAUAGAAAAAUAAACUCAGUAUAUAAAUCUUUAGGAGGUUUAGCUUCUCCCCAGUUGAUUAAAUCCGCAAAACCUAUUAAGUUGCAGCUUAAUAGUACUUUCUCGAAAAGUUUCGAUAACCUUCAAAGCUGUUACAAACCGAUUGAAGGGAUGGCAUCUAUCUCAAAUACACAAAACAGCACACCGAUUAAGAACACUGCUUCGGGUAUAAAUGAUACACCUUGCGUGAGGUCACGUGGCGCUAUAGCAAGUUCGCUCAACGGAACUCGAACUUCACACACUCAACAAAACAUCAAACAUCGAGUCAUGAUAUUGUCAGAUCAAGCAGGUCGCGGUUUGAGAAGCAAAUUACAAAGUUUACUAGGGAAUGAUUAUCAUGUUACAUGUUUUUUAAAGCCGAAUGCAAAGUUGAAUGAAUUAUUAAAUUCAUGUAAUACUCUCUGCAUGGACUUUACUAAGGAGGAUUAUGUGAUUAUACUUGGUGGUUCAAAUGAUAAUGAUCUAAUGGAAUUGCAAUCAUUUUUGUAUUAUACGUUACACCAAAUUAAAUGUACAAAUGUUGUUGUAUGUGAAAUUCAAAAAAAAAUAUUAUUUUAA